UGCGCUGUGGUAAGAGCAGAAUUUGUUUUCUGCCUCUCAUUCUUGACAGCUUGUUUGUUGCCGGGCUUCCAAUGAAAGUUAACGUGACUGAUCAGAUUUGCAACACGACGCUUCGACGGGACUAAAUCAGAGUGGGAUGGUAUCAUGGAGAAAGACAAUCGUCAAGAAGAGGAGGCACAGGGAGUGAAGAUCUGUGAUCCUCCGUCUGACAGCAAUCCACCUGCUGACACCUUGGCCACCUCGCUCUCCCUCCUGGGGAACCACAUGUUUCCCGAUCCAUCCUGUAGAAAUGACAGCGCCGAUGUUAACAAGGACGAGCUUGCAGAUUCGCGCCUGCCAGACGACGCGGCAGCAGAGGAGCCCGGCAUGGACGAGGAGCCUCCUUCUAACCAGGUGACGAAGCUCGAGACGGAGGAGACGGACUGCGACGCGUCCUCUCAGCCGCCUGACACAGAGACUGAGGACGCUGCUGUCAGCAACGAUCAGAACGACUCUGGCGAGUUCGUUGUCACCAUGCUGGCCAAGGCCAAGCUGGAGGAGCAGGGCAUCGGCGUGAAGGGGCGAUCGUCGCCCCUGUUGGAGGCAGGACCAGAGGAAUCUCCCGCGUUUGUGUCUCAUCGGGACGAAGACGUUACAGCGGACAGCUGGCGACAGCACCGGAAGCACGUGUUUGUGCUGAGUGAAGCCGGCAAACCCAUUUACUCUCGGUACGGCAGCGAAGAGGCUCUCUCAUCCACCAUGGGGGUCAUGAUGGCGCUGGUGUCCUUCGUCCAGAGUGGAGACAACAUCAUCCGCUCCGUCUAUUCAGAGGAGCACACGGUGGUCUUCCUGCAGAAAGGCCCCCUGGUGUUGGUGUGUGUGUCCAGCAGCCGCCAGUCGGAGCAGCAGCUGCGCGGCGAGCUCCUCUACGUCUACUACCAGAUCAUCAGCAUGCUCACCCAGGCCAGCAUAUCGCGCAUCUUCGAGCACAAGAAGAACUACGACCUGCGGCGGCUGCUGGCGGGCUCGGAGAAGAUCCUGGACGGCCUCCUCAACCUGGUGGACUCGGACCCCAGCUUCCUGCUGGCGGCGGUGCACUGCCUGCCGCUGGCCUCCUCUCUCAGGGACUCGCUCAGCCAGAUCCUGCAGAAGGCCAUCACGGCCAACCUGGUCUUCUCCAUCCUCAUCGCCAAGAACCAGCUGCUCACCAUCGUGCAGGAGAAGACGGUCAUCGAGGACUCGAGGCUGGAGCCCGCCGACGUCCACCUCCUGCUCAACCUCAUCGGCGCCUCCUCCGCCUUCCAGGCCGGGGAGAUCUGGACUCCCAUCUGCCUCCCCCUCUUCAACCCUGACUGUUACUUUUAUGCAUACAUAUCCUACCUGGACCCCCCGGAGUGCACGGUGUGCCUGCUGCUGCUGUCCACGGACAAGGAGGCAUUCUACGCCGUGGCCGAGUGCAAGAGGAAGAUCGAGGAGGCCAUGGCGGCACAGAACUCGCUCAGCCUCAUCGCCAAGGCGCAGUCGUACAGCGUGAGUCAGGUGGGCGUGUCGGACCUCAGACACUUCAUGUACAAGCCCUUCGACGUGCCAGACAACUACCGCCAGCUCACCCAGUUCACCAGCCCAGAGAUGGAGGCGCCGUACAGUAGCGAGGAGGAGAAGAUGCGACUCCUGGAUCUUUAUCGUUAUAUGCACAGCCGAAUCCACAGCACCUCACGACCCCUCAAGCUCAUCUACCACGUAGCUGAGAGAGAAACUCUGCUGGCCUGGGUCACCAGCAAAUUCGAGCUGUACACCUGCUUCAGCCCGCUGGUGACGAAGGCCUGCGCCAUCACCGCUAUCACCAAGCUCCUCCGCUGGAUUAAGAAGGAGGAGGAGCGCCUCUUCAUCAGAUACCCCCCGAAGUAUUCAACCACCCCCAACCCCAGUAAGAGCUCUCGAGGUGGCAAAUCGGAGCAGCAGGACUCCACAGAUAACGGCUUCUUAUCUCUCCUAUAGGACUGUGACGGUGCGGCUCUGCCCACAUCAGCUAUAGUUCCUACACUGGUUCCCACAGUAUUUUUUUUUUUUUUUUUUCCACUCGUUGGACUGGACGGACAAUGACUACUGGAAUCAAAACACUACGUUUUACACUAUUUAAGAAGGACCGAGCAUUAGUCCUCGACCGUAACGGGAAGGCGUGCCGUCGCGUCGCUGCUUUCGAACAGAAACAGUCAGGGCAAAUACAGCGUCGGCGCAUUUUAAAUUGAACUGUGGCAGAACGCGAUCGCAAUGAUAUUUAAAUGUUUUUAUAUUGUUUUAUUACAGGAAAAAGAGAGAUGUUUUCUUCACGGACGAUGAAUGUAUCACACUGAUAUGACAGUUCGUUUAUAUAUGCUACCAAGUCAUUGUCUUUUUUUUUUCUCUUCAUUUUUGUGUGACUCAAUGCGAGGAGCGAUGAACUUCUGCUACGUUUUCAGACCAGGUCACAUCUCCGCACUGUUACAGAACAGGAAAUACCAGACAUGAAGGGGUUGUUGUGUUUUUUUUUUUUUUGGGAGCAGCACAAACUGGAAUAACAACCUGAACUGCCAGAAGGUGGCUGGGCCUCCAGGCACCACUCACCUGUCCUCAAAGCGUUGGUGUCCAGCCGACGUUUUUACUCAGAAAUGUUUUCAAUUUUAAUCAUGUUUUGUGCAGAAGUCACAAAUCCUCAUCCUCUGUCAGUGUUGUCAUUGAAAAAGUCUUAUCUCGGUCAUGUGUGUGCGGAGGAGACGCCACCGAGCUGGAUUUCCCAGCCACCUCCCUCCCGUUGUGAACGCAGGCUGCCCCCCUUUGUACGACAGUAGUUUUGUAAAACGGCCUCUUUAAACAGUCGCCUCGUCCUCCGAGGAUCCCUGUCAGUUCCAGUCUUAGCAGUUUGUCUGUAGUAUUAUCAAAUAAAUCCCAGGUUGCACAAAUCUGCACUUGAUCAGUUUCUU